CCAACCGAAACGAAGCCGAGGUUUAGAAAACACGGCCACAGCAAAAAGAUUUGUCUAGAGAGGGCGCUGUUCAUGCAAACAUUUCAACAGCUGAGAUUCAGAAACGAGAUUCUAAAUAUUGCAGUGUUAUUAGAGCCUGCCGGAUAUGUCUUCAAAAGGAGGGACUGGUCCAGUGGGCGGAGCUAGUGGUGGGGGACAUAAUGGAGGGGGGCGACGGAGGAGAAGACGCGUAAGGUCAAAGACACAGGAAGAGUCCCGAGAUGACUUCAGCUCACCUCAGCUCAGCAAGCCAACCAUCAUCCUUGCCAAGUCCUCCGCGUCUCAGUCACAGGGUAAACAAGAGCUGUACGGCUCCUCGCCCGAACCAGGGGGUGCCACUCCCUCGACUCAUCAAGCGGGGGAAGCCCCCAAGUCCACGCCCCAGUUCAAAAUCAUCACCCGUCAGAGCGAAUCCACCCCCAGCCGACCCAUUCCUACCGUGGCUGCAGGGAGUGCUGCCUCCACGGCGAACCAAGCGCUUUACCAGUCCCCGGCCACCGUGGCCUUGUACGGAUCUUCCCCCAUGACCGAGGCGGGGCAGUCUGGCGGCAGCGGCUCUCAUCACAAUCAGCCCCAGGUUGUGAGUCAGAGUACCAGACCACUGGCACCAUCGGGGACAGCCCAUUCAAUCACCAUUGAAGUCCCUGUUCACAAUAGAUUGACUGCACCCCCCGAGAUGAAACAGAGCGUUCGACUUGUGGACAACAGUUUUCAGUGGUGUGACAAUGGAAUGGAGAUGAUGCUGGACCACACAGACUUCCUGGUGGUGGGCGUGCUGGGCCUGCAGGGCAGUGGGAAAUCAACAUUGAUGUCCAUGCUGGCUGGCAACAAACCAAGUGACCAACAGGGCUCAUAUAUUUUCAAGCCGCAAACCAAAGAGAACCGGAACCAGUCUUUGCACCAGACCAUGGGCAUCGAUCUCUUUGUCACCGGUGAACGGGUCCUGGUGUUGGAUGCACAACCGGUACUCAGCUCCUCAGUCAUGGACCAUCUGCUGAGUCACGAGAAGAGUCUGCCUCCAGACAUGACCUCUGCCGAAAUUUGCAACGAGAUUCAGUCUCUUCAGCUGGCGGCCUUCCUCUUCACGGUCUGCCACGUGGUGCUCGUCGUCCAAGACUGGUUCCUGGACAUGAACCUCAUCGAGUUCAUCAAACGGGCCGAGAUGUUGAAGCCCCCAACCCCAAAUCCGGCAAUGGAGGGGGCGAACAACGAGGACACGGAAGACUUCUUUCCAAACCUCGUGUUCGUGUUAAACAAAGCCAGGCAGGAGGACUUCCAGCUGACAGCAGUCCAGUCCAUGCAUCAGACAAUCGAUAGACUCUUCAAAGAUUCAAAGCUGACAUAUCAAGGAACAGCGUCUUUGACCCACACCAAACUGAUGCCAGGUUUGAAUCCUAAAAACCUGCCGCUUGAUGUCAACUUGUUUGUCCUGCCCUGUCUGGACACUGCGGCCUCUGAGCAUUCAUCCACUGAUGAUCAGUCAAUCUUGCUGAGUCUGUUACCGGUCUCAUACCAAGGCCAUCCCAGUGUGGACCUCCUCGUCAAGUCUUUCCGGAACCAGAUCUACGGUGCUGCCAGAAGUUCCCUCACUCACACCUCUCUGACUGAGAAGAACUGGUUUCACUACGCAGGGAGGACAUGGGAGACCAUCAAGAAAUCCAGCCUCAUGUCAGAGUUCAACAGACUUCUAACCUGAGAGUUUACUUUUGUGAACGAAUAAUGGAUCGUCUGCUUCAGAGGAAAACAAGCUGUUGACCAAGAAUAAAGGCUGUUUUGCUCUUCUCGAUGAGAAAAGCAGUUCAUUCUUUUAUCACUGUUAAUAGAGACUAUGAUCUCCGUGUGCCAACAAAGAGGGCGCCCUUAUAACUAGCAACGACAUCCCAUGGGCGGGCCAUUUACAUGUAGUUGUUUGACAUGCACCGUUCCUUGUGUAUGACGCAUGUACACCAGGGGAUUUGUACUAUGAACUCGCAGUGGUACAGCUGCGGGUCGGGGCAAAAUUGCAGUCAGGCAAGAUGGCGUUGGUCGGUCACCCCCAACUUUGUUUGCCGGUGAGGGGGUACUUGUGAACGGAGCGGAUACCUGUAACUGAACCGUUUUUGUGAGGAAAGAAAAUUGUCAACAGAGACAAGCUGCAGUCGGUGGGGCAAUCUUGCUUUUCCUGCAGACUGUAGUGCCACACAAUAUUCAUUAUUCACUAGGUGAGGAGGAGUCUCAAAAGCUUUGUAUGUUUUAAUGAUGUACGUGUACACGCAAAAGCCUUCCUCAGGUUGACUUGUGAUUUGCUUACCCUGCGAUGGAACUGUCGGCAUCAAGCAGAAAAGUAAUGCCAGGGUCUCAAAACUGAGAUAUCCAAUAUCGUCGCGUCAGUGCAACAAGGUCGUAACUCCAUUCUGCAACAAAGCUUUGUAUCUCGCGUGAAUACGCUCUGUGCAACAAGGACGUAUCUCGACGUCCAUUGACUUUGUGUGUAAAGUCGGGUCAUUUUAAGUGAAAUACGACCUUUUGACAUUCUGAAACUCGCGUUCGUGUCGCAAAAAAUAUUCGGCCACAAGUGGUGUUAUUUUUGGCAUGAGGUGAUUUUCCCUUUUAAAAGCCUGGGCCCUUUUUGUACCAGGAUUUUUAUAUUUGACUGAGCCCAGUGUAACAUUAUCUGGUUAAUCCCUUAAGGCAAUUAAUUACACCACAGGAAGCCAGUCCACGCUCUUUGGGUAGGCCAGUGCCCAAAUAUAUGGCCUAUACUCAGGUGUUCUGGUAAAAGAGGAUAAUGGCAUGAAUUGACGAACAAAAUGCAUGAAAAGCAAACAUAUUAUGCCGAACCGGUCAACCGAUCCUGUUAGCUCGGUGGUCGAGUGGUAAGACAUCUGCACUACAAAGCAGGAGGUCGUGGGUUCGAGUCCCACCCGAGUGAUUUUUUCCAACUUUCACUUGGGAGGUAACACACUGAGUAUACAGUGUUUAAAAAACGUCGGUGAAGGGCAAAACCUAAUUUGAUAUUAUGUUUGGUCAAUUGUGGUAAUUCCCAAUGCAUGUAGGGAUGAUAUGUAUUUACAUGUAUAAAGCGCAGGUAUCCACCAGUAUUGGUGCUCAAGGCGCUACAUCAUUAUUAUGCUGAUUGGGCCAAUGAAACAUUCCAAACACCAUCUCAGCUCCCUGGGGAGUAUACAGCUCAAUGCUGCCAUGUUGGUGCAAACCAGCUAAAAUCAACCACAACACCAUCUCUGCCCUCCUGUAUGAGUGACAAAGUGCCCAGCCCAAGGGCCCACACAUGCAUGCACCAUGAGCUCUGCACUGUCAAAAAUGUUUUGAAUCCUUUUCCCUAACCAUUGAAAACAGUCACUUGAUUGAUUUUGACUGAAUUUGCACAGAAUGUAUAUUUGCAUAGGAGGGAUAAGCAGCUCGUCCUUCUGAGGUAAGCGUUCCUUUUUGUUGCGCUUACUGCUAACGGUCUCCAUGAAAUAGACGGAAGCUCUGUUAGGCCAAAAAAAAAAAUAAGUCGGUCUCUGGUCAGCGCGCGCGUCGAUUUAAAUCAUGCGCGUCAAUUUUUUU